GGCGGCUCGGGCGGUGCGGCGGCUGGGUCUCCGUCUCCGGGUCCGGGUGCGUAGCGGCGUACGGGGCCCCCGCCGGGACGCGAGCGGCCGGCGUCCCGCCGCGAUGCCGUUCCUGCACGGCUUCCGGAGGAUCAUCUUCGAGUACCAGCCGCUGGUGGACGCCAUCCUGGGCGCCCUGGGCAUCCCGGACCCCGAGCGGCAGGAGCCCCUGGACGGGCCCAGUUAUGUUGCCAGUGAGGAGAGCCGAAUCCUGGUCCUCACAGAGCUUCUGGAGAAGAAGGCCCACUCCCCCUUCUACCAGGAAGGUGUGAGCAACGCCCUGCUGAAGAUGGCGGAGCUGGGGCUGAUGCGGGCGGCGGACGUGCUCCUGAGGAAUGGAGCCAACCUCAACUUUGAAGACCCCGUGACGUACUACACAGCCCUGCACAUUGCCGUCCUGCGGAACCAGCCUGACAUGGUGGAGCUGCUGGUCCGCCACGGGGCCGACAUCAACCGGAGGGACCGGAUUCACGAGAGCAGCCCCCUGGAUCUGGCCAGCGAGGAGCCUGAGCGCCUGCCCUGCCUGCGGCGCCUCCUGGACCUGGGGGCGGAUGUCAACGCGGCUGACAAGCACGGGAAGACUGCUCUGCUGCACGCUCUGGCCAGCAGCGAUGGGGUACAGGUCCACAACACGGACAACAUCCGGCUCCUGCUGGAGGGAGGAGCAGACGUCAAGGCCACCACCAAAGAUGGGGACACUGUGUUCACCUGCAUCAUCUUCCUGCUGGGCGAGGCCGUGGGCGGGGACAAGGAUGAGGUGAGCAUGAUCAACCGCUUCUGCCUGCAAGUCACACAGCUGCUGCUGGCCCACGGGGCCGACCCCAGCGAGUGUCCAGCCCACGAGUCCCUCACCUACAUCUGCCUCAAGAGCUUCAGGCUGCAUCUCCCCCUGCUGCGCUUCCUCCUGGAGUCGGGGGCCGCCUACAACUGUUCUUUGCACGGUGCCAGCUGCUGGUCUGGCUUCCACCUCGUCUUCGAGCGGCUCUGCGCCCCCGUGGGCUGCGCCGAGGACGAGAGCUGUGGGGAGCUCCUGCGCAAAGCCGAGACCGUGCUGGACCUCAUGGUGACCAACUCGCCAAGGCUGCAGCUGCCCACGAGCUUCGACAUCCACCCCGUGGGCAGCCUGGCAGCGCAGGUGCAGGCCCUGCACGCCUCCCUGCGGCAGCUGGAGCGCCACCCGCCACCCCUCAAGCACCUGUGCCGCGUGUCCAUCCGGCUACACCUGCAGCCUUGGCCCGUGGACACCAAGGUCAAAGCGCUGCCCUUGCCUGACCGGCUCAAGUGGUACCUUCUGAGCGCACACAGCGGCGUGGCCGAGGACGACAGCUGACCAGUCUUAGGGGGGUGGUUUGGGCAGCUGCCAGCAGACUUCACCUGUGCCAGCCUCCUGGGGGCCUGGGAUCUGGGCCGCGUGGCUGUGUCUUCCAGGGCCACUGGUGCCCCUCCCCUGUGGCAGCACCGCAAGUUUCAGCCCACACUGGAGGGAGGCAGGUAGACUGGGUGAGCGCCUGCUGUAGGUAUUUGGGGAUCACAGUGCCAUUUGGCUUGUCCUGUGGAGAGCCACCACCGGGUGGCGCCCAACCGAGGACCCGCCUGCCUUGCCGUCACAGGCGUAGCCACAAAGUGCUUUUGGUGAGCAGGGGAGGGGCGUGGGCCGUGGCGGGGCUUUCCCCUUGCUGGAGCCCGCUGAAGGGACCGCACGUCCUGCCACCCGCCCAGGCCCAGCCCAGGUCUCAGGGACCAUGCCUUCUAAGAAGCAAUCAUGAGUGGACCAGGACAGGCCCGUGUCCAGGCCGGGCUUGUAGGGGGCUCGUCUGGAGCAAGCCAAGCCUGGAGGGACCACACCACCUGGGCGCACCCCGUCACUUGCAGGUGCCUUUGGGAAUCAGCCAAGGUGAUGCAGUGGUCUAUUUAUAUUGGAAAAUUAAAGUGGUUCUCUGGGCUGUCUGUGUGACGGUGCUUCAGUCCUGCCGC